AUGGAGACUACGACGCAUGUUUUGGGCCAUGUUGAUGGCUCUUCUGUUGUUUCAAACAGCGGAACUAAAGUUAUCUGUUCUGUUUCGGGACCCAUGGAACCUAAGUCUAGGCAAGAGUUGCCCACACAACUUGCAUUAGAGAUCAUCGUGAAGCCUGCUGAAGGCGUACAGAGUACGAGGGAAAAGUUAAUGGAAGAUCAGAUCCGUUCUGUGUUGACCCCAGUGCUUGCGAGAUACUUGCAUCCACGUCAAUUUGUGCAGAUAUGUCUCCAAGUAUUAGAAGCGGGAGAAAGCAGGGAUUAUACUGUGAAAGAAGUCAGUGUAUGUGUUAACGCAGCGGUGCUCGCAUUGGUGGAUGCUGGUGUACCGUUACUCAGUAUGUGUUCUGGUACUUGUAUUGGUAUUACCACUGAAGGGAAGCAGCUGGUGGUGAACCCAACAGAAUCGCAGCUAGCUAAAUGUGAAUCGGUCCACGUAUACUGUCUAGAGCUGGGCACGAAUGAGAACGGGGAUAUAGAUGUCAGGAACCUGCUUCUUCUUGAUAGUUUAGGCAGCUUUGACGAGUCACAGUUGUUUAAAGUGUUAGAAACAGGUGAGAAAGAGUGUAUACGGUUAUACACAGAGUUGAGAUCAGUGAUCAAGGAUAAAGUCGCCAAAGAUUUCGUCUGGAGACAGUAG